GUCAUCUUAAAAUUUCAGGAGAUAGAAAUCCUCCACUAAGUCCACAGUCUUCUCUGGACAGUGAAUUAAGUGCAUCGGAGAUGGAUGAAGACUCUAUUGGGUCUAAUUACAAGUUAAAUGAUGUUACAGAUGUGCAAAUUUUAGCACGAAUGCAGGAAGAAAGCCUGCGGCAAGAGUACGCAGCCACAGCUUCUCGGCGUAGUUCUGGCUCCUCUUGCAAUUCCACCCGGCGAGGCACGUUCAGCGACCAGGAGCUUGAUGCACAGAGCUUAGAAGAUGAGGAAGAUGGCACACAUCACACAGUGCACCCUGCUGUUAGCAGGUUCUCACCAUCACCUCGCAGUUCUCCCUGGCCUUCACCAAAACAAUCUCCAAGAAAUUCACCUCGCUCCCGAUCACCUGCUCGAAGCAUAGAGUACAGCAGGGUGUCACCACAGCCUAUGAUAAGCCGUUUACAGCAACCUCGUCUUUCGCUUCAAGGCCAUCCGACAGACUUGCAAACUAGUAAUGUCAAAAGUGAAGGUAAAAAACUGCAUGAAAUUGAUUACAUGU